GUGGUUCCCUAGUUCAACCAUUACGUAACACCACCCCCUUCUUCUCCUUCGUCUCCGAUCUCCUCCUCCACGGCGCCCUAUUUUUACCCUAAAAUUCUCUACCCAAAUCUUUUAAUGGCUAAAUUGUCCUCGCGAUUUUCAGAUUCAUCAAAGCUCAAUCUCAUACCCGAUCGAUUCGAUUCUUCCGUCUCUAAUCUCAUACCUUGUUUUCGGAAAAGCUCAAUUUCUCCUUCUCAGAUUCUUAGUCGGCCUUGUAGCUCCUUCUGACGUACCUCCGAUUUUAGUAGUCUCUUACAUUUUUCUCCAGAAACUUCGAGGACCUCACGGAAGCUCCCGAUGGGCAAGCGUAAUAAUCAACGUAAGAAUGCGGCGGCGAUGAUGUUGGAUAGCGAUGACGAUAAUAGUAGCGUGAGUUCAACGUCGACUAUGCGGUCUGACCUUAUGGUGGCGCCGGGGAAUGAUGAAAUGCAUGUCGAAAAGGAUAGCUUGCUUGACCAGGCUCUCGAUGCUCUCUUUGAGAAGAGGGGUUCCACUAGGGAAAAAGCUCUGGCUUCAAUUCUGGAAGCGUUUAAUAGCAGCUUGCAGCAUGAGUUUGUGGAAAAGAAAUUUGCCACUUUAUUGCAUCAGUGUUUGAAUUGCAUCAAAAAGGGUUCGUCCAGAGAGAUAUGCUUGGCUUCUCAUGUGAUUGGAUUACUGGCUUUGACUGUUGGAUGUGGGGACAAUGCUAAUGAAAUGCUUGAAGAAUCCUUACCUGUAAUUUCACAGGCUUUCAAAUCUGGAUCUGAAUCCACAAAGACAAUAGCGUUGCUGGAGUGUUUAGCUAUUAUCACGUUCGUUGGCGGUAAUGACCCAGAGCAAACAGAAAAAUCAAUGCAAGUUAUGUGGCAAGUGGUUCAUCCAAAACUGAAAUCAAAUGUAGUUGCAGUUAAACCUUCAGCUGCCGUAAUAACCACGAUGGUGUUUGCAUGGUCUUUUCUUCUUACAACUGUAGAUGGAUGGAAACUUAAUCCCAAGGAUUGGCAAGAGUCCAUAUCAUACUUGUCUGGUCUUCUGGACAAGGAUGAUCGCUCUGUGCGGAUAGCCGCUGGCGAAGCUCUGGCGUUAAUAUUUGAAUUAGGAAGCUUAGAGAAGUUCUCCAGUAGCACAAAAAGUUCAGAUGAUGGCUCAACUGAGGAUGGAAAUAAGCCUCGAGAUUAUGUACAUAUACAAGGACUGAAAGCAAAAAUUAUUAAUCAAGCCAGAGACCUUGCAGCUGAGGCUGGUGGCAGAAGUUCGGCUAAGAAAGAUCUUACCAACCAGAGGAAUAUGUUUCGAGAUAUCUUGGAGUAUUUUGAGGAUGGUUAUUCCCCUGAAAUUUCAAUAAAGAUUGGUGGUGAUUCACUACAGACAUCAACAUGGUCGCAGCUCAUACAGUUGAACUUUUUGAAGCACUUCCUUGGAGGAGGGUUUAUAAAGCACAUGCAGGAAAAUGAACUCCUUCAGGAUGUCUUAGGGUUCACUCCAAAGAAAAAGAAUCUGGAUUCCGAAAGUCGUCUAUCUGGUGGUGAAAAGAGAAUGUUCAGGUCACCAAACUCAGCUCUCAACAAAGCAAGGACCCAGCAACUUAAUAAGCAGAGGAUGCUAUCAGCGGGUAAAAAUAUUGGCCAGUUUGCAGCCAACGUGGGGGAUGAUGCGUAGCUUUUUGAUGGAUUCGUUUUGAGGAAUUUAUGUUGGAAUCCUGGAAUUAUUAUGGGUAAAAUAUUUUUGAUGGCAACAGAUAAUAAUUAGUCCGUUGGUGGGUUAUGUCCACACCACAAUUUGUAACAUUAUAACUUGUAUUGACUCCAAAAUUUGAUUGAAUUGUUAAGUGC